AUGGAAGAUUCACUUGUUGUUGCUUUCAGAAAUGAAACAUCGAACCCGUCUCGUAAGAAUUCCAGUGGCAGUCUGUCACGAAAGAGCAGUGGAAACGGUAUGAGUGUUGGUUCAUGGUCUGAGACAUCCGCAGCACGGCUUAGCCAAUUCUGUGAAGAGGAUGCAGAUUCCAGAGAUUCUGGAAUCUGUAUGGAUAUGUCACCGGAUGAGAUGGAUUUUACAUCGGUUCGAACACAUUCCUACAGCCGGAAAGUCAGUGAAGCCACGACGUACUUCAUUCUCGGUAUCUUUAUCAAAACCAUGCUCUAUCGAGACAUUAGAAUUUCUGAUCCUACUGAACUGGAGCAAGACACGCUGAGCCAAGAUCUGCAGGACGGCAAAUUAGUCUGUCAAGUAAAUUACUUGGCAAAUAUUCGACCGAUCCGGCGAAUAUUGGCCUGGUAG